CAGUAACAGGGUUCCCCUGGGGAUUGCAGGAGCAGUCUCAGGGGUGGAGGAGUCUGCAGCUCGACCCUGGCAAAGAGAUGGUGAUCACAAGAAGGGCUGGCACCCCAGGAGUUCUUCCUGGAAACCAUGGGGGAGCCAAGAGCACACAGGCCUGUGAGUCCAGAGCAACUUGGGAACGGUGAAGUGAUGGCCUAUCACCAUCUCCUUAAGAAGGACAUUGUAAUCCUGUGCACAAAGAGAGGGUUACGAAUUGGGAAGUUCACGAAGGCACAGUUAAUCAUGCAGUUGGAGGAGGAGGACCGCUCUGAGGAGCGGAUUCCUGACCCAGAUUGGGCUACAAGAGGAUCUGGGAGCAGCUGGAGCAGCAGCCAGGCAUCCCCGAGAGUCUGGUCCCCAACCAGACGAAGAUCUUCACGAUCAGGUUCCCCAUCAGGGGAUCGGAGACAAAUGGGAUUGGAGCAGAGCCCAAGAGAGCGAGAGGACCAUGAGAGAGAGCAAAACCCUGAGAAAAAGCUGCAGGAGAAGCAACAGCAGCAUGGACUGGCGAUGGUGGAGCGGAGAGGCAUAGGGGGCUUCCCAGGGACCCUGUUCCUGUCAUCUAAUAAACCUCUGUUUCACUGGCUGGCUGAGAGUCACAUCUCACUGCAAAGUGGUGGUGCAGGACCCUGUGGCUUCCCCAGAACCCUGCUGGGGCAGGCUUACUGGGGGAAGCGCACGGAGGGGCAGAGGAUGCUGAAUGCUCCAAGGAGAGACCCAGGAGGUGAAGCUGUGUGAGCU